ACAGUUUUUUUUACAGUUUUAGCAAAGAUGAGUUUCGCGGACAAAGUGGUGUUGGUGACGGGAGGCAGCUCGGGCAUAGGCGCCGCUGCGGCCGUGCUGUUUGCUAAGGAGGGGGCGGCUGUGGCGGUGGUGGGCCGCAACCGAGCCAAGCUGGACAGCGUGGCGCAACGCUGCCGAGAGCUGGGCGCGCGCACGCUCCUCAUCACCGCCGACAUCGCCAACGACCAGGAGGCCAGCACCAUCGUGCAGAAAACCAUCGAUGAGUUCGGAAAACUUGAUGUUCUUGUAAACAACGCAGGAAUGACGCAUAUAGCGUCAAUACUUGCUGAUGAUAUCAUGAAGUCUUACGACACAGUUAUACGCACAAACCUUCGAGCUACAGUCCACAUAACCAGUUUAGCUGUACCGCAUCUUAUAAAAAGCAAAGGGAAUAUUGUUAACAUAUCCAGCACUCUAGCAAGAUUGAUUAAUACGACGAUGCUAUCGUACUGCAUUUCUAAAGCUGGUUUGGAUCAUUUUUCAAGAGUCAUAUCUCAAGAAUUAGGAGCUUUUGGAGUAAGAGUCAACGUUGUAAGUCCUGGGCCUGUUUAUACUGACAUUUUGGAGAACGCUGGACUUCCUGAUCUGUAUGAUGAAUGGGGUACAGAAACCCCUCUAGGGAAGACAGCUCAGCCCGAAGAAGUAGCCGAUAUGAUACUGUACUUAGCCAGUGAUAAAGCAAAGAGCGUUACUGGUGCUAACUUUUUGAUUGACAAUGGUUCGUUAGUGAAGAAAUGAAUGCUAUUAAAAAUGUUAUAUGGACUCUUA